AUGAAACUCAAUGUCACCAUCUUCUUUGGGGCCAUUUUUGGUGCUUUGGGGGUUUUACUGUUUUUGGUGGCUUUUGGAUCAGAUUAUUGGCUUCUUGCAACUGAAGUGGGGAAGUGUUCAGGUGAACAGAAUAUAGAGAAUGUCACUUUCCACCAUGAAGGAUUCUUCUGGAGGUGUUGGUUUAAUGGAAUUGUGGAAGAGAAUGACUCUAAUGUCUGGAAGUUCUGGUACACUAAUCAGCCACCAUCUAAGAACUGUACACAUGCCUACCUGUCUCCUUACCCCUUCAUGAGGGGCGAGCAUAAUUCAACCUCCUAUGACUCUGCAGUUAUUUACCGGGGGUUCUGGGCAGUCCUGAUGUUGCUGGGAGUGGUUGCUGUCCUGACUGCAAGCUUCCUGAUCAUCUGUGCAGCCCCCUUCGCCAGCCACUUCCUUUAUAAAGCUGGAGGAGGUUCCUACAUCGCUGCAGGUGUCCUGUUCUCCCUGGUGGUGAUGCUGUAUGUCAUCUGGGUCCAGGCAGUGGCUGACAUGGAAAGCUACAAAGCCAUGAAAAUGAAAGAAUGCUGGGAGUUCACUCCUUCUGUGCUUUACGGCUGGUCGUUUUUCCUGGCCCCAGCUGGGAUAUUUUUCUCUCUUUUAGCUGGGUUGCUAUUUCUAGUCAUUGGACAUCAUAUUCAGUUACAUCACUAA